UCAUCCUCAUCCUUUCGACAUCUUUCUCUUCUGUUCUUGAGUUCAGUGGAGGUGGACGUGUUUGUGAAUUUGAAUUUUUUGACUGUGAAUUUGUAAAUAAACAAUAAUAAUGGCCAAUAAUCAAGAUUGUCCAAUGGAGAACGGUGAAGAUUUUUCACAAGACGUGAGCGCCGAUCAAAAUUUCCUGCAAAAUCAGGGCGAUCAAGUGAACGGCCAAAAUGGUUCGGGAGACGCUCCUCCAGCCGACAGUGGAAGUGCUGAUGCUCCAGGUCGAGACGACGACAGAAAAUUGUUUGUUGGAGGCUUGAGUUGGGAAACAACCGACAAGGAGCUUCGUGAUCACUUCGGACAAUACGGUGAAAUAGAAAGUAUUAAUGUAAAAACUGAUCCAAAUACCGGUAGAUCAAGAGGAUUUGCUUUUAUCGUCUUCAACAAUGCUGAAGCUAUCGACAAGGUUGUAGCCGCUGGUGAACACAUUAUCAACAAUAAGAAAGUCGAUCCUAAGAAAGCCAAAGCAAGACAUGGGAAAAUCUUCGUUGGAGGACUCACUAAUGAAUUAUCUGACGACGAUAUCAAAAAUUUUUUCAGCCAAUACGGCACUAUUAUUGAAGUUGAAAUGCCUUUUGACAAAACCAAGAAUCAAAGGAAAGGUUUCUGUUUUAUCACAUUUGAAUCGGAACAAGUUGUUAACGAGUUAUUGAAGACACCUAAACAGACUAUCAAAGACAAAGAGGUUGACGUGAAAAAAGCGACGCCAAAACCUGACGCCAUGGGAGGUAUGCGUGGGGGCAGGAUGAUGCCUGGACGUGGGGGUACUCGAGGGCGAGGCCGAGGAGGCUACGGAGGCCAGAAUUGGAACCAGGGAUAUGGUGCAUACGGCGGUUAUGGUCAAGGUUAUGGAAGCGGUUAUGAUGGUUACGGGGGUGGGUAUGACUAUUACGGCGGCGGUUAUGGAGGCUAUGGUGGCUACGAUUACUCCAAUUAUGGCAACUAUGACUAUGGAUAUGGUAACUAUGACGGAGGAUAUGGUGGUGGUCGCAGUGGUGCGCGCGGAAAAGGUGGAUCCGGGGGUUAUCAGGGUGGUAAACAACGAGGUGGUGGUGGCGGCGGCGGUGGCGGCCGUAACCAAAGGCAUCAACCUUAUUAGAUUUAGUUGUAGAGUACACGUUUAGGUAUGUGAGUUGGUCUGACUGAUAACCUGUUUGAUCAUCUACUUUUUUAUAGAUGUUUCUCAAUUUUUUUUGAUAUUUCGUUUGAUUUGAUUAUGAUCAUUCCACUUCUCAUCUGUCAAUUUUUCGUAUCGAAUUUGUACAGAACAUUUAGUUUCUAUAAUGCAUAAAGAAAGCCGUUUAUUUUUUUAAACGUCAGGAAUGCCAAGUAAAUUUGUUCACUGUAUUAUGUUAACAUUUUUUUUUAUUUAAGUAAUAGUGUAAUUUUAGAUACUAAGUUUAUGUAAUCCUGUGUAGGGAGGCAUCAUGUACUUCCUCCACUGUAUGACAAUUUAAUAAUAAAAAAUUUGUGUACA